AUGCGCGGUUUAAGUCUACCAACGCUAUCUCUCAAGAAGUCGAAGAACAGCCUGCUAGGCAGGAAGGACAGUCCGGAGGAGCCGUCUAUACACACCCGAAAAUGGAGUAUCUCGAGCACCGCCUCGCAAUGCUCGUCGACGAGCAGCCAGGACCGAGCCGCCAGCUAUAGCCCGCUCUCUCUGCACCCACCUCUGCGCCUCAACAUGUCGCCGCAAAUCAUCCCCGAGUAUGACGAGAUCACAUACCGCGAGGACGACCAGACCAGCCAUGCCGGGGACAACCUACAAGACUCAACCGAGUGCUCCCCCGUCACGGGACACAGCUGCUAUCUCGCGCGGCCCGGGGGUGGCCGGCCGUACGUUUACGACGAGAGCGCGAACUGGCCCCUCAAAGACUGGCAGACCGUACCGCCGGGCCUGGCGGAACUAGAGUCCCCCGUUUCCCUCUCCUCCUCGCCUCCCGAGUCGCCCAGCCGUCUGACCCACCCCAGGAGACGGCCCACAGAAUGGAUGAACGACCGGGACGUUUACCUUAAGCGCGGGGAUUGGAAGCGCCGAGGCAUAGUCUUCCACCUCGACUCGGAGGAGGAAGAGGAGCAGGAGCACAACUUUGAGCUCCCCUAA